AUGGAAAUGGAUAAACCGACUUUCGUCUUCUCGCUCGGUGCUUGGGUUACUCCCAUCGUCUUCGACGCCGUGCAUGACCGUCUAAACACCCUCGGUUAUCCUUCUGAGUGCCCCGCGCAUCCCUCUAUCGGCGCUGAGCCUCCUUCUUUGACACUAGAAGACGACGUUGUCUCGCUGCGUAGAGUGUUAACGACUCUAGCAGACGAGGGAAAGGACAUUGUUGUUGUGGCACACUCCUACGGGCGCGUUGUGGCCUCCACAGCUAGCGAGGGUCUAGUGAAGCAUGUUCGCGCGGAGAGUGGCAAGCCUGGUGGCGUCGUGAAGGUUGUUUACCUGGCUGCCUUUGCGCUGGACAAAGGACAGAGCUUGCUGGGCAUGCUGGGAGGAGCCUAUUUACCCUGGAUGAAGGUCGAGGGCGACUACGUUCACGUCGACGGCAUCGACAACGUUGGCUGGCAGGACCUGACCGUCGAGCAGCGGGAGAAAUGGAAUCGCACGACAGCGCACACCUCACGUGCGGUCUUCUCGGGUGAAGCCACUUAUGAGCCGUGGCGCGAUAUCCCCUGCUCCUACAUCAUCUGCGAGCAGGAUCAGGCCUUGCCGCCAGCGCUCCAGGAGUUCUUCGCCUCGAAAAUGGAUGCGCCGGGCACUACCUACCGCCUGCCGAGCUCGCAUUCCCCGUUCUUGAGUAUGCCCGAUCGGCUGGUGGAUGUUCUGGGAAAGAUAGUGAAGGUGUGA